AUGUCCAUAGGCAUCGGCGCCCUUGUGGCACUGCGUGCGGUACCGUACCUGCAGGUGGAGCUGGGCCAUGUUGGACCAGCCUUCGGCGAGCGAAGCCGCUUGCUUCGCUUCGCUCGCAGCGCCUGGCAGGCCACCGCCGUGGAACAGGCGGUACAAGCAACGCUGGUGGCUGACAAGGAGGCAGUGGUGCGAAGGCCCCCGAGUGAUCCUCGCACCUAUCGUGUUCUUCAGCUGGAGAAUGGCCUGCAGGUGCUGUUGGCUUCCGACCCCACCGCCAGCACUGCCGCAGCUGCGUUGACUGCCCGGGGCCGAGAUGCUUGUCCAAUGCGGCACUUUCCAGGAGUUGUGACACUGCAGAGAUGGGACCCCUUGGAACGCUUGGGCUUGGCCCAUUUUCACGAGCACAUGCUCUUCCUAGGUACGGAGAAAUAUCCCAAGGAGGACGAGUACAGUUUGGCCGCUGAGAAUCCUUUGAUUCUGCAGACUCCGCCCCCGGUGGCCCCCGGACUUUUGGUCGACCUGGCCCAGGUAGGGUCUCCCUUCUUGGAGGGGGCGUUGGACCGAUUUGCGGAGUUUUUCAUCAGCCCAACUUUUGACCCAUCUGGCAUCGAGCGAGAAAUGAAGGCCGUGGACUCGGAGAGCACCAACUAUUCCACAGAGGAUGGCUGGCGUCUGCUGCAAGUGCUCAAGGCUACGGCGGCGGAAGAGCACCCCUUUUUCCGCUUUGACGUGGGAAACCUCGACACCCUCGGGGCGGAGGACUUGCCUGGUACUCGUGAGCAACUGGUGGCGGGGGGCCCUCAGUCGACGCAGUUGGAAGAUUGGAACAAGAAUCACUAUCAGGCUGGUGCAAUGAAGCUGGCAGUGGUGGGCCAACAGCCACUGGAGGAGCUGGAAAAGAUGGCCCUGUCCCGCUUCAGCCGAGUGAGGGUUGGCAAGGGCCAGGCUGGGUGCAAAAAGUUGGCGAAAAGACCCAGCUCGCUGCCCGGUGCGAGCCCGGCGUUCCGGAGGAGCCGAGCUAUCCCACUUUGCCGUGGCCAAAGGAUCAAGUGGGCUGGCUGCUCAGUGGAACUGCACCGUCCUGCAUGGGUUGCAUGGGUCCCUGUCACGGGUUCCCGUGCUGACCGUCCCCACGCAGGGCGUAUUGUGAAGAGUGUGCCGUUGAAGGAGGCCCGUUCCAUCUCAGCAUACUGGCCUCUACCUCCCGUGCAAAAGCACCUCUUCGCAAAGCCGGAAUUGUACAUCGCCCACAUGCUCGGUCACGAAGGGAAAGGCUCUUUGCACGUCAGGAUGUUCUCAAUCAGCCUCCGGCCUAGCACACCUGCUUUGUUGCAAGGGUUUAGCUGGGUUGACCAACUCUCAGCUGGAACUGCUCAAUCUUUUACUGACGAGCAGCUCUUCGCGGUGAACAUCACCUUGACGCCCGAGGGCGAUCUUCACCGCGAAGAGGUUUUGGCGCUGCUCUUUGAAUCUGUGGGACACUCAGGACUGUGGCUUCACCAUGGUGAACCAUGGUGA